AUGAGGAACAACGAGUUGCAAGGUUUAAGCGGCCAUGCCGUCGGCGAGGUGGAGGCGGAGGUGGACGGGGAGAAGUUGGUGCACGACUCCUCCGUUGAUCACCGCGGCCGGCCGCCACUCCGAGCAGCCACCGGCUCAUGGAAGGCGGCGAUGUUCAUUAUCGCGAGCGAGUUCGCCGAGCGUCUCAGCUUCUUCGGCAUUGCCACUACUCUGAUGGUGUACCUCACGACCGUACUGCACAAGGACAUGACGGUUGCGGCCCAGAACACACAGUCCUGGCUGAGCUUCACAACGCUCAUGCCCCUCCUCGGCGGUUUCCUGGCCGAUGCGUACGUUGGCCGCUUCGCCAGCGUGGUGCUCUCCACCGCCGUGUACAUCACCGGGCUUGUCCUGCUGGCCACGGCUCAGCUCGCGCCGGGCCUGAGCACGACGGUAGCGCCGAAGAUCCACGAGACCAUCUUCUUCGUUGGCAUGUACCUCGUGUCGAUUGGCACCGGCGGCCACAAGCCUUCGCUGGAGAGCUUCGGGGCCGAUCAGUUCGACGACGGCCACGCCGGCGAGCGGCUGCAGAAAAUGUCGUUCUUUAAUUGGUGGAACGCCGCUCUGUGCUCCGGAGUCCUUCUCGGCGUCACUGUGGUCGCUUACGUCCAGCAGCGGGUCGGGUGGGGCGCCGCCACGGUCCUCGUCGCGGGCGUCAUGGCCGUCUCCCUCGCGCUCUUCAUCACCGGCCGGCGCACGUAUCGCUACAGGAAGCCGGGGGGCAGCCCUCUGACGCCCCUCCUGCGGGUCGGCGUGGCCGCCGCCAGGAAGCGGCAGCUGGAGCUGCCCGCAAACAAGGCCGACCUGUACGAGGUCGCGGGGGCAGCGCGGCUGCUCUCUCACACCCCCCGCCUUCAGUUUCUUGACAAGGCCGCGAUCUUGGAACCCGGCGGCGAGCGCGGACCAUGGUGGCUGGCAACGGUCACGGAGGUGGAGGAAACAAAGCUGCUGCUAUCGACGCUUCCCGUCUGGUUGGCAGCGGUUCCCUUCGGAAUUAUGGCGGCCCAGGUAACGAGUUUCUUCGUCAAGCAAGCCGGCGCCAUGGACCGCCGUCUCGGCGCACAUCUCGUUCUCCCGCCGGCAACAGUAUUCGCGGCCGGCGCCGUGGCCAUGAUCGCCACGGUUGCCGUUCACGAUAAGCUGCUGGAGCCUUGCCUCCGGCGGGCAACAGGUGCUCAGCGAGGGAUCUCCGUCCUCAGAAGAAUCGGCGUUGGCAUGGCGUUGGCUGCCGUGGCCAUGGCCGUUGCCGCCAUCGUCGAGCGGCACCGCCUCCAUUCCGCCGUCACCAUCUCAGUUCUCUGGCUGCUGCCGCAAUUCGCCAUCAUGGGCAUCGCCGACGCCUUCGCGCUUGUAGCGCUCCAAGAAUUUUUCUACUGUCAGGUCCCUGAAACAAUGCGAAGCCUAGGAAUUGGGUUUUACCUCAGCGUCGCUGGCGUGGGUAGCCUGAUGAGCAGCGUUAUUAUCGGGGCGGCGAGCCACAUUACCUCAGGCGGUGGCCGGCAUGAGGGGUGGUUCGGGAAGGAUUUGUCAGACAGCAGGCUGGAUCUGUUCUACUGGCUGCUCGCCACAAUCGGUACCAUGAAUCUGGGAUUCUACAUUCUCGUCGCUAGGCGGUACCCGUACAAGCAGAAUUACUGA